UAUCAGUUAUGAGUAACCAUUUUAACCUAAAUUAUAACAUACCCAAAUUACAAUUACAGUUCUUCAUCCCAACAUGUCUACUUUUUCCCUUCCGCCAUGGAAUUCCACGUCAACACCCGCCGUCUAAAUUCCGCAACCGCCACUCUUCUUUCACUUUUUCCUGAUCGGAUUAUCUAUCCAGAUCGGCCGACGCUGGCCGCGUCGCCGGAAUGAUUCAUCGGGAAUGAGUUCUGUGUGACUUUCGCCGCCGGAAUGAGAGGGAGGUCUUUACGACGUCCGGUGAUGAUUCAACGGCUUUGGCAAGUCGCCGUCACGAUCAAGAUCAAGCUUCUUCUGUGUUGUUGCAUUGGACUCGCCGUCAUCCUCUUCACCGCCCGCGCCUCCGAUCUCAUGGGAUGGACGUCUGACGACGGCGCUUCGGCGCUCCGAUACUCUACGCCGCGGAAACGUUAUGCAAUUCUAAUGAACACAUGGAAGCGUUAUGAUCUUUUAAAGAAGUCAAUUUCUCACUACACAACAUGUUUGGGAGUUGAGUCCAUACAUAUUGUAUGGAGUGAACCAGCUCCUCCUCCUGUUUCUUUGGUAAGUUUUCUGCAAGGGACGGCGAAGGCGAAUUCCCGAGACGGUCGAGAAGCCGAGCUGAGAUUUGAAAUGAAUGAAGAAGAUAGUUUGAACAAUAGGUUCAAGGAAAUAAAGGGAUUGAAAACAGAAGCCAUAUUUUCAGUAGAUGAUGAUGUUAUAUUUGGUUGUUCUACUUUGGAGUUUGCUUUUAGUGUUUGGCAAAGUGCCCCUCAGACUAUGGUUGGCUUUGUUCCUCGCAUGCAUUGGAUUGAUCGCUCGAAGGGAGAAAUGGGGAGAUUUAGAUAUGGAGGAUGGUGGUCAGUUUGGUGGACUGGUACUUACAGCAUGGUGCUUUCAAAAGCUGCAUUUUUCCACUCUAAAUAUUUGAGUAUUUACACUAACCAUAUGCCUUCUUCCAUCAGAGAUUAUAUUACCAAAAACAGGAACUGUGAAGACAUUGCAAUGUCUUUUCUUGUUGCUAAUGUUAGUGGUGCUCCACCCGUCUGGGUCCAAGGUAAGAUAUAUGAAAUAGGGUCGAGUGGAAUUAGUAGCUUAGGAGGUCACAGUGAAAGAAGGAGCCAAUGUUUGAAUAUAUUUGUUGAAGAAUAUGGUGGAAUUAUGCCUUUGCUACCUUCAACUCUCAAGGCUGUUGAUAGUCGUCAAUUUUGGUCUUGGUAAAAAAUCAUCCAUCCCAAUUUUCAUUACUAACUUUUACUUUUUACUUCUCUUUUUCUCUUUUCAAUCAAGGAAGAACAUUAUCAUUUAGUUUUUACUCUCACUUGGAUGUACAUUUUU